GCUGUAAGAUCUAUUUUAAUCGUCUGCAUCGACUAUAACAUUUUUAAGGAGUUCUCGGUAAUCUCGUUAAAGUAUUGCACUGAAAACGUCACGAGAGGAAAGCGGUGCUAUCAAUCAAAAAGUCCGUGCUAUAUCUACGCGUGAAACAUGGCGUCGUUUCCGGUGCGACGCGUUCGAAUUGCACAGCGGUUGGACCGGUUUCAAGAAAUGCGGGUGGCAAGGUAGCCGAAAUGAAAGCAUUGUGUCGAGGUGAUUUUUAAUUUAGGACUGUACAAAACUGAAUUACAUCUAUCGUAUGGUACAUAUAUACAGUUUGCGCAACGAAGUGACUCAAUCUUUGAAAAGAUUUCUACAUUUAAGUUCCAUCGUUAGGUACGCCCUCAUAUUUGGGUCUUGAACUUUCUCCAUGAUCAGUUUUUGCAAAUUCACGUCGCUCUUUUCAAGUUUGCCGCUCAAUUUCUCCGCGUAUUGAAUCCACACGCAAUUCGGACAGCCAGACAUGCAACAAUUCGUGGGCUCCACCAUGUCGUCCAUCGAAGAGGAAUCAUCGACUUCCGCUUUCUGUGCUGUCUUCUCGUCGGACGUGUCUUGAACGCUGUCGAUGCACUUUCUGCACGUGGAGUAGAUUUGUCGACACUUGCAUGAUUGAUUUUUAGUAAUCAACCGAACUGAAUUCAUCGCUGCCUCCGUUGCACUUUGUGGAUGCACCUGUUUGAGAAAACAAGAAAAUUAUUUACAAGUGAUUAUUGGGAGUGGAAUUGAUGCAGCGGCAUUGUGGUCCACGUGAGAGUCGCGCGGUUGUUUAUUCGCGGAAAAUGGGGCGGAAAAUCCCUGGAAAGAAGCACCGAGGUGUGAAAGAUCCUUUGAAACAACAGGCCAAAAGACACGCAGAGUUAGAAACGAAGAUAAACGCGCCACCGAAAGAUGUGGACGAGCAAUCGGUACCGAAAAGUUUGGAGAGAGUGGUGAAGCUGAAAGAAGCGGUGAAAUCGGGUAAAAUAAAGAAAAUAAUCGCCAGAAAAAGGAAGAAAAAGAACGCUCUGAUAACUGUGGGCGAUAAAGUUCCGAAGUCUCACCCAAAAUCGAAACCCGAGAAAGUCGUUCCCGUUUUCAAACAAAGACCCAAUGAAAACGAGUAUCAAUUUUUACACAGAGUCAAUACGGUCACGCAUAAUUUCAUUAACGAGACUGCUUUUGAAAAGAAGUUUGGAGUUCAAGUAAAUAGAAACCCGGAAACGGGAAACGUAGAAGGAAUUUCGAAAUGCGAGAUGACGGAAUUGGAUAAGAUUGACAUGUUGAGGGCGAAACAUAAAAAUAUUAAAAAAAAGAAAAAGAAAGGUGUAACAGAGGUUAAGAUGACAAAAAACCAAAAGAGGAGGGAAAAAUUGAAGUCGAAGAAGGAGAGGAAAGAACAGGAAAAUGCGAAGGAUUUUGGGGACAUGAAAGACCAAGUGAAGUUUGGAGAAGUUGUUCACGAACCACCGCAAAUAAAGAUUAGACCCAAGGCAGCUGACUCAACCAUCAGUUCUAAGCCUGGCAAAAAAAAUCUUCUCCUACAUUCCUUGUUGAAGAAUAGUGAGAAAAAAAUAUCAGGUUCUAAGAAGGCGUUAAAUAGGACAGGCAAACUUAGGAAUCUACCAAUUGGAGAAAGAAGACAGUUGGAGAAAGAUCAGAACGACAUCAUAGAAGCAUACAGGAGGCUGAAAGCACAUCGGUCUUUCGAAGACAACUAGGGUAUGUAAAUCAUGAUGUUGCAUUUGUUUUAUAGAUUGUUUGCCUGUGAUGACCAGGAUGCUACAAAUCAUUCUAUUGUACUGUUAAUAUUUGAUUGAAUAUUUUUUUUUAAUAAAAUGUACAAUUUUUUAAUGAUAGGAAAUUGUAUGUAUUUUUGAAA